GUGGUGCUCCAGCCUUGGUCUUGAAUACCCAGCUGAAGAUUUGCAUUUUUGACGGCAGAAAAACAAGAAUUGGCAGAAUGGCAAAUAGUGAGCAACAGCUGGCAAUUUAUAAACCAACAACCGCGAUAACAUCAAUCAAGGGAGGCUUGCAGGAAGGGAAGCGUGUUAUCAUAAUUGGACGGAUUUUGCCAGAUGCUGACAGAUUACAUGUGAACCUUCAGUGCGGUUCUGAUUCUAAGGCUGAUGUUGCUCUGCACAUAAACCCACGCUAUGAGAAAGGCAGUGCACAUGUAGUGUACAACACCUACCAGAACGGUACAUGGGGCUCCGAACAGUCCACGCCUGACUCUCCUAUCGUCAAAGACAAACUGUUCGCCAUCGAGAUCCUUGUCACCAAGGAGGCAUACAAGAUAAGUGCCAAUGGGAAACACUUAAAGGACUAUGAACACCGUAUUCCAAUCACUCAAGUGAACACCAUCUCAGUGGACCAAAACAUCAAGCUGGAGUUCAUUGGCUACCAGAAUUCUGUGCCACCAAACAAAAAAGAAGUGAUCAAUGGACUAAAGCCCGACAAAAACAUUGUAAUUUAUGGAAUUCCUAACCCUGACUGUAAAAGCAUAGCGAUCAAUCUGCGCCACAGAUAUGGGGUUGCAUUUCACUACCUAUGCCGUUUUGAGGAGAAUGCAGUUAUCCGCAAUACCAAUGAAAAUGGGAUUUGGGGGCCAGAAGAAAAGACUGAAGGCAUACCUUUUAUACAAGGCCAAUUCUUUCAGGUCAAAAUCUCCUGCAAAGCAGAGCAGUACGAUGUGUCAGUGAAUGGCCAGCAAGCGCACACUUACAAGCAUCGCUUUACUAAACUGGAAGAAAUUGAUGUUGUUGAAGUUUGUGGAGAGCUACAGUUGUUUUCUGUGGAAGCCAAGGAUCCAUAGGAAGUGCACAUUUAAAACUUUCACUAACAAGUUCAUAUAUCUUAUGCUUAAAAAUACAUUUUCUGUUAAUAGGUCUGAUAAAUUCAACUGGUCAAAUAUCUUCCACUGGUGAUAACAUUCAUAUAUAUAUAUAACGUUCUAACUACAUAUCUAAUACUUCUGCAGUGUUUUGCACUUUGUUGAAUAUGGAUCUACAUAUUGAUUUAAAUCAAGGUGGAGGUAGCAUUUCAUCACAUGAUCAAUGGGAACUUUAAUUAUUGUCAAAUCUAAGGUGCUGUAAGUGAUUUUUACAGAUGCAAUUUAAUGCGUAAUUUAAAAUACAGUUAAAACAUUUGUAAAAAAAUAUAUAUAUUUCAGUGCUGUUGACGUUAGCAAAACAGUUCAAAUCUCUUACAGCAUUUUGACAUCUGCUCUUCUAAUAUAGUUGUGUUAAGAAAAAAACAAAAUCAUACUAUUGGUAGGUUUUAAUUAAUUAACUGGUGUGGCCUGAGACUUAAUAAUAUAUUGUUCAAUAGUCCGAAUAUUUCAAACGGUCGUGAUGACAUAAACGCCCUCUAGUGAUCAUAAAUAGGUUAACUAUAAUAAUAGGCUACUUCAUUGUGCUUUCUAUUGAUGCUGUAUUUUAGACUGAUCUCAUGGUGGUAGUAGAGGUAGUAUUUAUCUAAUAUUAUUAUAUGAAAACACAAGAUGAUAUAUUAAAACAUUUGUGGUUUUCAUCUUAUGACAGUUCAGCUUUUGAUUCUUAUUAAGUGGAGGUCAUGUUUCAGGAUUCCUUGCCUUAGAAGUCUCUGAGAACUUGACACGUUUUACUUCUGAUGGUUUAAUUCUUGAUUUAACACCUAAUUCUUCACUUUAAUCCUUAAAGUCUUUUGCAGUUCAUAUCUUGUAUUCUCAACCUGUUUUUCUGUGAUCUUGCUGUCCCAUUGAAGAUUUCUUGUUGUACUUUAGCUAUUUCUAUAGUAUUGAAAAACAAUUAUAUAGCACUUAGAAAGGAUUACAUACUAAAUUAAUAGUUUGAUGUGGUUUGGAUUUGGCAAAAAGUAAAAAAUAUAUAUAUAUAUUUUGCAUGAAUACAUGUGUUGAUGACCUUUGAUGGCCACUUUCUGUCCUUCUCAUUUUGCAAUAAUUCCUGCAGUUUUUCUCAGUUAACUCUUUUUGCAUUCAAGAUUUGAAUCAAUUCUUGCCAUUUCAAAGAGGACAACCUUUUCAAGUAUAAGACAUACAUCCAUGAACACAUAUUGCUUUAUUGUUUCUGUCAUUAUGAGUUGAAAAUAAUAGGCUAUUACUUGUGUGUGGUACCAUCUCCUGCAAUCCACAUCAUUACACACAAGCACAUUGAUAUUUUGGAGAUUUGUGGAGAUCUGCAGCUGACUUUAGUGCAGGCUUAACAGGGAUCUGUGAUGUUUAAUUUUUAAGUUACUUUUAAAAGAAAGAUAAGGGAAAGCAUUGCAAAUUGUUAAAAAGUACUAUUACUUUGAUGUACAGAAAAAUGUAUGACUGUAAACAUGAACAGCACUUCUUACUAUUGGUUUACUGUACAAUUCUCUUUUGUAUAUGGUAUUACAGUAUGGUUGCCUUUUUCUAUAUAAUCAUCUCAAAACUCGCAUCACUCUUGCUGCAUGUUUAAACUAAUAAACUUCUAACACAA